CAGGUCAUUUGAGCAAUCCAGACACCCACAGCACCACCCAGAGCCUGAACCCUGCUGUCCAUGCGUGCUGUCUGGGUUCCAGCAGAGUGUGUUAGUUUUGGCUCAGUGCAGCCGGCCCCAGGCUGGCUCCGCACCGGGGCACACAGCUGGCUGUGAGCACAUCACUGCUGAGCCCUUCCAAUAAUGGGAGCACGGCUCAGUAACACAUCAGCAUGCAGCCACCUGAGGUCUAGACAGCCUCGCCCUCCCGGGGUGUGCAUUUCCUGAAAGCAGAGAAAACGUUUUCAUUGCAAGCCGGCUUUGCCAGCACUUCAGCUCUGUUUUGCUAAGCUGACAAAGCAGUGGUGGCCCAGCCUGGUGUCCUUACACCUGCAAAUGAGUUGAUGUCAGCUCAGAUAAACCACUCACAAAUCACAGCUAAGUGUAGCAGAGCUUUAUCAAACCCUUUUCUGAGCCCCUAUAUAGGAUGAAUAGCUUCAGAAACCCUGGAGUGCCACUCAGGAAAGUUACUUGAGUCCUAAAACUAACCCAAAACUUCCACUGAAUUCCUUCAGCAUUCCAUUUUCAAAUGUACUGAACUCUUCUCCUCUCCAAAAUGUGAGAUGUAAACACCAAUAAGAAUGAUAUAAAACAAGUUCUGCUUUUUCACCAAGUACUGUGGAGGAGCACUGAGGAGACAGCUUGACAAAAACAUCAUAUUUCACAAGAUGGUUGCCUAUGGAAUAGCGUUAAAUGCAACCAUCCAUAUUGUUGCCCACUCCAUCAACAUCGAGCGCUAUCAUUCCAGCCAGUCAAAAGAAGCUGGCGAGUUACGGAAUAAACUUUCUGGUCUUGGCAAGAGCCCAAAUGAAAGCUACUUGAACCCAAUCAGGACCUAUGAAACAAACACAACAGGAGAAGUACUGACCACAAUAGCUGGAAUAACUGGAGUUGUGAUAACUGUGGCAUUAAUUCUGAUCAUGACUUCGUCCACUGAGCUCAUCAGAAGGUCAUGCUAUGAGGUUUUCUGGUAUACCCACCACCUCUUUGUGGUUUUCUUCAUUGGUUUAAUAGUCCAUGGUAUGGGUCAGCUUGUCCGAGGUCAGACACCCCAGAGUCUGCUGCUUCACAACGUCACCUACUGUAAAGAUCACUACUGGGAAUGGGAGAAUGCCACUCAGUGCCCUUUGCCAGAGUUCUCUGGCAACAAACCUGUGGCUUGGAAGUGGGUUUUAAGUCCUAUGGUGUUGUACAUCUGUGAAAGAAUUGUUAGGUUUUGGAGAUUUCGACAGGAAGUCAUAAUUACUAAGGUGGUGACACAUUCCUCUGGAGUCCUUGAGAUCCACAUGAAGAAACAUGGCUUUAAAAUGGGAGCUGGCCAAUAUAUAUUCCUACAGUGCCCAUCAGUCUCACAGCUGGAGUGGCACCCUUUCACCCUCACCUCAGCUCCUGAGGAGGAUUACUUCAGCGUCCACAUACGGCUCGUUGGGGAUUGGACUGCAGCCCUCUUCAAGGCCUUUGGAGCAGAGGAAAAAGCUCUGAAGGAAUUGUGGAUGUUACCAAGACUGGCUGUGGAUGGACCAUAUGGAUCUGCAACCACAGACAUCUUCCACUACCGAGUCAGUGUGUGCAUUGCAGCAGGAAUUGGAGUCACACCAUUUGCCUCUAUUUUAAAAUCCAUUUGGUACAAAUGCUGCAACCUUAACACAGUACUGGCACUGCAGAAGGUUUAUUUUUACUGGAUUUGUCGAGACCCAUCAGCAUUUGAGUGGUUUGCUGAUCUUCUCUUCCAUUUGGAAACAAAAAUGGCUGAAAAAUGGGAAAAUGAUUUUCUAAGCUAUCGCAUAUUUCUUACUGGCUGGGAUGAAAGUCAGGCUACUCACAUAGCCCUACAUUGUGAUGACAAGAGGGAUGCAAUUACUGGUUUGAGACAGAAAACCUGGUAUGGAAGGCCAAACUGGGACAAUGAGUUCAAGAAACUAGCUGAAAACCAUCCUAGGCAGAAUAUAUGGCAUUCGUAUUCUGGCAGCCUGACUCAACAUGAGGACAUUCAGUCGAGUCAGUAAACUUUUCGGUCCAUGCUAAAGACACAGCAGCUCACUCGCCGUGGAACAAGAGUGGCACCCAGUGGUCACAGAGCUUGGCUCAACAUUCAUGUCCCGAAGUUGCUGCCUUCUGCAUUUUAUAAAUCCCCUUCCCACAUACUGAAGACAGAAAUCCUUUCAUGCUCGAGCUCCCAGACCCAAAUCCCACCUCUAGACUUGAAAGACAGAAACUAGAGAACUGAGGCUGAAAGCUUUCCUCUCUGUCAUCUUUUUUCAUGUCACAUUUUCUGGGUCCUUAAACAAUCUACCACAGCUAUGCGUCCCCUACAAAGGGUAUUGCUUAUUUCUGAGGGAUCAGGCAGCAACUGACUUGCCUGACACAAGCAAGGAAGAUGAGGAGUUCAAGGACCUCAUCUAAUUCUAACGCAUUGUUCAGUGGUCCAGAUGAGGUAAACAUAUGUUUUUAAACUGUCCUACAAAGCACCUGUGUGGCAGCAGGAAAGGAAAAUGAAGGGACAUAGCCUGUUUUGUGAUCUCCCUCAUGGGAGACAUACAAUGCUCUGUGCCGCUCCUAGUCCAUGGUGGGGUUUAAGACCAUAAAUUAACUAUUGCAAAGGAGGCACAGCUGGCAAUGCCACAGUGGUGUGGCAAUGAAUAGUUAGUUACCUGUGUGCUCCUCAAAGAUUUAGGUAAUUUUGUACUUAUUUUUUACAAUCAGAGUACAAAAAUCUGGGUUCCAAUUGAAGUGGUAUGUUUUAUUUUUAAUGAAUAUAUUUGUGGGAGCUGUUGCAAGUGACAAAGCUUUCCAUAUUUUUAACCUGGGGAUACUUAAUGCUUAAAACUGGAACAUCAGAGUGCCUAAUUAGGAUUGAAACAACAAUUAUCCUCAACAGGACAUUCUCCAAUGCAGACACUUGGAUGCUGGGUGAAUAAGACCAAGCUCACUGAAAUGCCGAUGUUUCACUAUGCUUUAAAAUUCCCGAUGAUAAAUGGAAGAAAAGUGCAGCUGCUGUUAGUACCGAGUGUGUGGUUUUGUUUUUCAGUCCUACUUGCAAGUGUGAAAAACCCCAUUUCUACAGAAGCCAGCAGAUAAUGUAAAUGAGAGCAGUCUUGAUUCUCAUAAUUCCUGACAUUCCUCAAAUUUUAACCCAAAUUUUGCAUUAACUGGUAUUUCGUAUAAAUGCCCCAGCACCUAAAAUGGCAUGAUCAAGUGGAAGUCAAAAUUGUCAAGUAAAAAUAAACUUUCUAGUGUGGAGAGCCUUACAAUGUGACCUGCAUUGAUUAAGUGGCUCACAAAUAAAAAGGCACAUAAGAAGAAUUGAGCAGUAAAAGAAAAUCUAAUACUUUAAAAUAAAUAUAAUGAUUUUUAGCCAUCUGCUAUGACAUUACUGAAAGCCAUGGAUCUUUGUACUUCCUGAGUUAUGUUAGGAAAGAACCCAGCAGUCUGGACAGAAAUUUCUGCCAGAUUUUUUGUUAAUGUGAAGUCUUUUUUCUUUGAGUGUUUAGUUUUUGCUCCACAACAUUAUUGAAAUGGUAACAAGAAAAACACUGUUCCUGGUCAAAAUGUGGCGUGACAAACCCACAGUGGUAGACUGACACAAGUAAGAAAAUUUCCCCCACCAACAGAAUUACUUGGCUCUACCAGAAAAAAUAGCUGAAGUAAUAUUCAGGUUUAUUUCACAUUGAGUAUAAAUACUGAAGUGAG